UUUCCCUCAUAUCACUUUUUCGAAUCCCAGACCCGGCCGUACCUUCAGGAAGAGAAAACGAAAAGCAACUAUGAAGCGGGAGAAGACGGAGAGUGGCAUCCCAUACCUUCCAGAAGAAAUCAUCACAAACAUUCUUAAGCGGCUUCCAGUGAAAUCUCUGAUCCGAUUCCGAAGUGUAUGCGAUCUUUGGAAGAACAUCAUCAGCGCCCCUUCCUUCAUCACCGACCACCUCAACUAUUCCAACCAUCAAAUCCCUUCUCUUAUUUCGACCUACGAUGGUGCUUUGAUUAAAUACUCGCUCGACCUGAACAAGGGACUCCGCGAGGUUCAGGUCGGACCUCCGAUCGAUUCCAUCAGACCCCACAGGAUUCUCGGCUCCUGCAACGGCUUGGUCUGUCUUCAAACCGGCGGUCGGCUCGAUCCUCUUUCAAUGUGGAAUCCUGCGCUUCGAGAGGUUAUGCGGGUUCCUAGAAGUAGAACACUUAGAGUUCAUUAUUUGGGAUUCGGAUUCAAUCCAUUUGUUAAUGAUUACAAGAUUAUUGUGAUGACCUAUGCGUCUUGGCGUGAUAUGGUUAAUAAUGUGGUUAGUGGAGUUGAAGUUUAUUCAUUAGCUACAAAUUCUUGGAAGGACAUAGAAUUCAGCUGUUUAGAUGGUAUACGCGGUUUCUCUCAAAGCCUCAACGUUAAUGGAUCGAUCUUUUGGCUAGCAAGGAAGACAGGUUUAGAUCAAUCUCUUGUCAUAGUUUCUUUUGAUUUAGCAUUGGAAGACUUUAUAUUGAUACCGACACCUGCUUUAUCCGGGGAGGGAGAAGCUAAACUGACUGUGUAUGAGAACCGGCCUGCCCUAUUUUAUUCCUCUUUUUCUACAAAUUCAAGCAAUUCUGCUCUUGAUUUGUGGGUGAUUGAGGAAGGCAUUGGCACCUUUUGGAGUAAGAAGUGUACUUUUGGCCCUUAUCCAUUCUCUAUACAUCCAUGGACAAUUUGGUUCUCUAUACACCCAUGGACGAUUUGUAGGAAUCACAUUGUCUGCAGUGGGGUGUCAUACUUUAGUACGGUUCAACUUGAGGAGGGGGACGAUUAUUCGGACGUUAAAGUUGAUACUUUUUUGAUCAAUCUUGCUUCGAAUGAAUAUAAGGUCCUUUACGAGAGCACAUAUGGCUAUAGUGGUCAUUCUUUUGAAUAUGUUGAGAGCCUUUUGUCCCUGAGAAAUAUUCAGCUUGGGAAUCCUUGAUUCUAAUGUGUUAUAUGGACUAGAAGGCAUUUGAGAUGUUAUAUUUUUGUGUUCUGUUUGUUCAUUGUUCAUAAGUUUAUUCACUAAACAAAUGCGUAUGAACAGAGCAUUCUCAAGUGUUUGAGGUUUGUUCUUUAUUGUUAUCAACCAUCUGGUUUUACUUUUUUUUUUUGAAUAAAAUGUAAAUAUAUAUAUUCAAAGUAGUUCUGUACUUCAUAUACAUGAUACAAAAAUUUAG